GAGAGAGAAAAGGCGAAUCUAUCUGGACACACAGGCAGCCAGAGAAGAGCGGUAACAGCACAGAUCCUUGUAGAACACCAAUGGGAAACUGGGUCGUGAACCACUGGUUUCCAGCUGUGGUGAUCGCAGCCUGGUUGGGCCUGAACGUUUUCCUGUUUGUAUAUUAUUUCCUGCUGUUUGACAGGGAUAAGAAGUUCUACUACACCAGAGUGCUCCUUGGGUCUGCACUGGCAUGGGCCCGGGCCUCUGCAAAAUGCCUGAACUUUAACAGCAUGCUGAUCCUGUUACCAGUGUGUCGCAACCUGCUCUCCUUCCUGAGGGGCACCUGCUCGUGUUGCAGGCGCACAAUGAGGAAGCAGCUGGAUCACAACCUCACCUUCCACAAGCUUGUGGCCUAUGCGAUUGCCCUGUUCACAGCUGUUCACAUCAUCGCCCACCUGUGUAACUUUGAGUGGUACAAUGACAGCCAGCAAGCUGCGGAUGGGAGCCUCUCCGCCAUCCUCUCCAACCUGCACCAAGAUGAGGAGAGUAACAAGUGGCUAAACCCCAUCCACACCAACAGCACAACUCCAGCAUACGUAACAUUCACUACCAUCCCGGGCCUGACAGGCGUGAUCAUCACUGUGGCGCUGAUCCUCAUGGUCACCUCCUCCAUGGAGUUCAUCCGCAGGAGCUAUUUCGAGGUCUUCUGGUACACACACCAUCUCUUCAUCAUCUACUUCGCCGGUCUUGUUAUCCAUGGCAUCGCUGGUCUUGUUCGUGGGCAGACAGCAGAGAGCUUGAAUAAGCACAACCCCGAGCACUGUGUGCAGGACCCUACACACUGGGGAAGAAACAACACAGACUCCCACUGUGAAGAGCCCGAGUUUGGGAGCAUCCCAGCUGAGUCCUGGAAGUGGGUGCUGACCCCAAUCCUCCUCUAUGUCUUUGAGCGGGUCUUACGCUUUUGGCGUUCUCGACAGAGGGUCGUCGUUACAAAGGCUGUCGUACACCCAUCAAAAGUGUUAGAACUACAGAUGCACAAGAAGGGCUUCAGCAUGGAAGUGGGCCAGUAUAUUUUCAUCAAUUGCCCCUCUGUCUCGCGCCUGGAGUGGCAUCCUUUCACCCUGACCUCUGCACCAGAAGAAGACUUCUUCUCUGUCCACAUCCGGGCAGCAGGGGACUGGACAGAGAAUCUUAUUGAUACCUUUCAGCAGCAGAAACCAAAGACACCCAGGAUAGAGGUGGAUGGCCCCUUUGGCACAGCCAGUGAAGAUGUGUUCCAGUAUGAGGUUGCUAUGCUGGUGGGAGCAGGGAUCGGGGUCACGCCCUUUGCCUCUGUACUGAAAUCAAUCUGGUACAAGUUCCAGCAUGCAGACCAGCGUCUCAAAACCAAAAAGAUCUACUUCUACUGGCUCUGCCGGGAUACAGGUGCAUUUGCCUGGUUCAAUGACCUGCUCGCCUCCCUGGAGCAAGAGAUGGAGGAAUCUGGCAAAACAGGUUUCCUGAACUACAGACUCUUCCUCACAGGCUGGGACAACAGCAUUGCUGGCCAAGCAGCUUUCAACUUUGAUAAUGACACGGAUGUGGUGACAGGUCUCAAACAGAAAACCUCCUUUGGGAGACCCAUGUGGAGCAAUGAGUUCUCUGCAGUGGCAACUGCCCACCCCAGGUCUGUAGUGGGGAUGUUCCUCUGUGGGCCUCAAGCUUUAGCAAAGAGCCUGCAGAAGUGCUGCCAUCAGUACUCCAGCCUGGACCCUAGGAAGGUCAAAUUCUACUUCAACAAGGAGAACUUCUAAGCAGCAGGAACAUGGCGACUAUACUGUGUGACACCACAACCUCCCAAAGAACAAUUAUCUGAUCCUCUACAGCUCCUUUUAAAACUGAAUCAACCUGGCCCUGCUGAGGAUGACACUACUGGGAAAUACUGCCAUUCAAACCACAUGUCUCCUACCCACUAAACUCAAGGAAGAAGUGAGCUUCCAAAACAACACUGCAUUCCUCCAAAGGAAGUGUCCUUUUGAGUUUUCCACCUUGCAUCUCCUUUAAAGGGGAGGGGAAUGGGUCUCCUUCAGUAGAGGUCAACAGUGAUCUCACAUGCAGAUCAGAGUUGAAAUGGACUUUCUGGUGCAAUCAGCAUGAUCUUACGAAGUUUGAUUGUGGCACCUGCACAAGGGACUGACAAAGGCUGAGACUGAUGAUUAAACUUGAUUUGGGCAUGGACAGAGGAAUUCCAGGAUGAUGGGCUUGGGGGAAAUCUGCUGGGGAGAAGGACAGAGGUAAUUUGUAGUUAAUCCAUCACAAAGGGGAAAUAUUCUCCAAUAAAUGUUUGUGUAAAUGAAUAUUAAAAUAAACAAAACUUGCUUCCAUUGUAAAUAGCUUGGGAUAAAACCCAACCCAGGUGAACCAUUCUGUUCAAUUUAAGAUGCAAAUGCAGAGCAUUUACCUAGUGCCUGAUGGUGUCUGUUGAACCUGUGCUCUGUCUGCGCUAAUUGUAAAAAAACAAAGAGUAGUAAAGUCAAAUUGCCACCUCCUCUCCCGUCACAGCUGUUCUGUAUGGUGACAUUGUGUGCAUAUUCUGUCAUCCAGUAGCCACAGCAGAAAGGUUUAACAA